CUACCACCACGAAGACGCCAUCCACCCUCACCCUCUACUAAUCUAUCGCAUUUACUCUACACUACUCAGACUCACCCUAUUCCAUCGUCCCAACUUAUCGAAGCCAUCGCCCAUCUCCUCUUCGUCGCCUCGAACCGUCGUCCUCACCCAUCUACCAACCCCCAGCCUCUAUCCUCCUCUGCGCCACAACUCACCAUCCCUCUGGUAACCCUUUCCUCACUCGAGCCAUCACGACGUACAAACAAGCAACAACGCUGGCUACGGUGACGACUCCCAAGUUGCAGCACCCCUCCGACGGAGCGUCGUCACCGCUGCUGUUUAUCGCAACCACCCAUGACAUGCGGAUGAUGCCCACGCCCGUAGAAGACGGCAACGAGCACCCCAACACCUCAUACGGCCUUCCCGCCAACUUCAGUCUGCCCUAUCGUACCUCCAUCGGCAAGCCGCUGUUCGGGAAGGAACAUGCUGAGUAUCUGGCGAAUGGAGACGCUUCCCCGAUGAAUGGCAAGCCGUCCUCCAAUGGUACACCCGUGAUGCAAUCGAUGCCCAACGGCCGUGUGGGCGUCCACCGAAGCAAUUCUGAUAAAGAUACCACAGUCGCAGAUGGCCUUGGAAACCCGGCGAGGCAAUGGAGUUGGGAUGCCAAUACUCCUUAUAAGCCAUCGGAGGGCCGCGGAAACUCCGGCGAACUAUCUUCUAGCAGGGAUGACGGAUACUUCGCGUCGGUGCAAAGCAGCGAACAACAACACGGCUGCAGAACCACUCAUGUCAAGUUAGGCAACGUGAACCCCCAGGAUAGCAGUGCCAGAGACGCUCAAGGGGAAUCGUCCACAGGCCCCGCGCCCGCCACACCCGUCAAACGCAGCAUCGAUUCCCAGAGCCCCUCAUCUCACGACUCCCAAUUGCAGAUUCCCGGCGCAGGUUCAAGCUAUCGCGUCUCCGCACCUCCCGCCAUCAAUCACAACACUUCCUCACCCAGUCAGCAUCCGUACCGCUUACAGCAUCGUCACACCCUCGAGGUGCCCAAGGUGUCGACGACGCGAGCCCGUGAGCUCCAGGGACUGCCAUCGAACGACGAGGUCGUAAGCGCAAGUGGAAGGUUCUCUCCCAACACUCCCACCCGGCGGAGAGGCUCGAUAUCUCUGGCUCGGAGGGCGACGCGGUCCAUACACUCGGACAUGCAUCUCGACGAGGUCGCCCAGGAUGAAGAUGCCGCUAGGUGGGCAGAACAUAUCCGCCAGAAGCGUGCGAGCAAGCGGAAGCGAAAGGAAGACGAGGACGACGAUCGCGUCGUCGUCGGCACCAAGGUGGACCAGAAUCACGUCAAUUGGGUGACAGCAUAUAACAUGUUGACUGGCAUCCGGUUCUGCGUGUCUCGCACCAAUGCGAAGAUGGAUCGUGAGCUUACCGAUGCCGACUUUGAUGCGAAGCACAAGUUCUCCUUCGACAUAACCGGCAAUGAACUCACACCUUCUGCCAAGUACGACUUCAAGUUCAAGGACUACGCUCCCUGGGUGUUCCGUCAUCUUCGAGGCAGAUUCCGACUGGACCCCGCCGACUACCUCGUGUCAUUGACCAGCAAAUACAUUCUUUCGGAACUCGGUUCACCGGGAAAGAGUGGCAGCUUCUUUUAUUUCUCCCGCGAUUAUAAGUAUAUCAUCAAAACCAUUCAUCACGCCGAGCACAAAUUCCUCCGAAAAAUCCUCAAAGAUUAUUACAACCACAUCCGAGAUAACCCCAAUACCUUGCUUUCCCAGUUCUACGGCUUGCAUCGCGUUAAGAUACCCUAUGGACGCAAGAUUCAUUUCGUCGUCAUGAAUAACCUGUUCCCACCACAUCGAGAUAUACAUCGCACAUUCGACCUCAAGGGUUCGACGAUUGGGCGAGAUUUCAGGGAAGAAGAUUUGGAAAAGAACCCGCGUGCAACACUGAAGGACCUCAAUUGGUUACGACGGGAUGCGAGUUUGGAAUUUGGACCCACGAAGAAGAAGGCAUUCAUCGAGCAGAUGCAGAAAGACGUGAAACUUCUCCAGCGACUACAUAUCAUGGACUACUCCCUGCUUAUCGGAAUACACGACUUGGAGCGGGGGAAUGAGGAGAACCUGCGAGACAAGACGUUGCAGGUAUUCCAGCCGGGCGGAGUGGAAGAGGAGCCAGGCCCGAGCAUGCUCAUGCGGACGCCGUCAAAACUUGAAAGUGCCCGAAAGGCGAAAGAGCUGAGGCAGAUGAUCAAGACCCAGAAACCCGUGCCGAUGGAUCAAUCCUCGAACAAGAUGCCAGACGAAUUGCAAGACCCUAAGGAUCCCAAGAGAAACUUCUAUUUCUAUUCCGAUGACGGUGGCUUCAGGGCUACGCACGAGGACGACUCACCUGGAGAGGAGAUCUAUUACCUAGGCAUUAUUGAUUGUCUAACACAUUACUCUCUGAUCAAGCGUAUGGAACAUUUCUUCAAGGGACUUGCCAACACGGAAUCUCAAAUCUCGGCAAUUCCUCCUGAGCGAUAUGGCGACCGGUUCGUCAAAUUCAUCAGCGGUAACACGAAAACGAAAGAGGCUGCGGAGAGAGAGAAGCGAGAGCAGGCUGCAGAAGCGGGUAACGACCCACAACUGUCUGGUGUGAACGAAACGCAGCAACAGCGAGCAUCGACAGAGAGGGUCAUGGAGAGGGCAGAACAACAGGCCGAACGAUCCAGGGCCAGGGGUGCAUCUGAGGAGUCUAUUCCGGACCGCUCCAUGCACCCUGUGAGGAGUCCUUCUGCAGAGCGGGGUGAACUGGGUACUACUUUGCCAGUCGUAGACGAGGCUGUUGAAUCAUCUAGCACAGGAGGACGCAGCGGAAGGAGCGGGAGGAGUACAGAAACCAAUCUCCAGUCUACCGCACCACCCCUCCGGCCAGAGGACAGGUCAGGAGAUCACACCCCCCAAAGGCCUCCACCUACUCCACCGAAAGAUUCAGGGACCGCCAACAGCGAAGAGCGACCUCCCACUCCCCCCAAAGACCAAGGAUACAGGAACCGUAAUUCGGGACCACCAACACCACCAAAGGAGGAGCAGAAUAGAGGGCGGGAUAAGGAUCUCCCGCGGACGCCGCAUCUAGAGACUGUUGUACGGGUGAACUGAGGCAACUUUGCCCAGCCGUCACAACAGAAACGCAUUUUCUUUUCUUGUAAUGUCCCAUGGCGAAUUGCAUAUUUAUUACUCAUCAUUCCCUUUGUUUUUUUUCUCUCCCCCUUUUUCUCACAUAGAAAAGGAAAGAAGUAUCAUAGCAGCAGCA